AUGUCAUCGGUAACCACACGAGAACGGCUCCCACCUACAAGAGGCGGCUCUCGUCGGUUACCACUCGAAGAAUUCAAAUCGAGUCAACAAAGCAAGACGGAAAAUAGAGCUCAAACACCUGAAAUACCCAAUGAUGAUUUGGUCCAAAUGAGGCAUACGAGCUCGGCCUCUCUCAUUGCUGCUUAUAAUCGGGCGAGUGGAGGACAAGCAGUGGAUGUCAUUAAACCACUUUCCAAUAACCCGUUAUUGAAAUUGUCCAAGGAGGAGAAGCCAAAGCGAGAUUACAUCAAAUAUCCAUUCAUGCUCUAUGAAGAUUCUGAUCAUUAUUAUUAUUCGGAUAAUAGUCAAAACUUUUGGCAAGAGACUCGUUCAAAUCUGGAGGAGAGUAAGCAUGAAAAAACUAAAGAUAUCUCAUCGGGAGUUACGAAUUUUGAAGAAGGUGAUGAGGAAUUGAGGGAAGAAUUGUAUGAUGUACAUACUCAAACAAAAGCAAAAACGUUGUGGGCCCUUAGUAGUGGUCUCUCAACACUUGAGAAGACUUCAAAUCUAUUUGGAAGAGAUGAAAAAGUUGUAAAUUUAGAUGUCAAAUCAAUCAUAUCACGGCCAUCGUCUUCAAGGUCAAGUCGGUCAGCAAGAAGUAAUCCACUCGUUCCAGGUCCAUUCAGAGAUUUAAUUGAUGCUGUAGACACGUCUGGAACAAAAUUUCAAGAAAUUGAUGAAACAAAGGAUCCCACAAAGAGAACCUACAUGACGGAUGCUCGAGGUAGAUCAGUUUCAUCCAUCUACCAUCCCAAUACAAAGAGGCCAAGUCGUAUCAGCAACCUAGUUGAGAAUAUUUCCAUCACCAACGAAUCCCUCUAUACCUACAUUUCAACAGAAAAUGUCACAAUCCUUGAUUUAGAGAGGUGUGUUGACAUCGACAACAAGGUGUUGAAAAGCAUUGGCGAAUUUUGUCCUCGUUUGAAGUCUUUAAACUUACAACAUUGUUCUCAAUUAAGGGAUAGCACCAUUCGAGUUAUUGUCAAUGGAUGUGCAGACUUGCAAAAUAUUAACAUUGGAAUGUGUCACCUUAUUACCGAUGACAGCAUUGUAGAAAUAUUUACACAUUGUAGAAAAUUGACAGUCUUGUCGCUUCACUCAUGUGAGUUGGUGACUGGAGAAAUUUCAUUUCCUCUCACGAAAAACACGCCCAAUCUCCAAGUUGUAGAUAUUAGUUAUUGUACAAAAUUCUCAGAUAUUGCUCUGCAAUUUCUUUCAGAGUACUGCCCAAACUUACACCAUUUAGACAUUAGUGGAUGUCCAUUAAUACAGGAUGAGGGACUAAUAUCUAUAUGUAAGCAUUGUCCACAAUUGAGAACGUUGAGAGCAACUAUAUUGUCUCAGCCUACCAUUACCAAUGAGACGUUAUCUUUCAUUACCAAUUAUGCAAGAGGAAUUGAGGUGCUCGAGUUGAGUGGAGUUUUCCAAAUACGAGAUCAAACUGUUCAAGAUAUAUGUAAAUUUGCACAACGAUUAGAAUUUCUUUCGUUGAGCGGCUGUCCACAAAUCACAGACGCUAGUAUUCACACAAUUUCAGAGACGUGUCACAAUUUGAAAUGUCUUGAAGUUGCUGGCUGUAGAAAAAUUGGUGUUCAAGCUCUCUUAGAACUCAUUCACAAAAUAACGAAAUUAAGAAGGCUGGUGGUGACACGAUGCAACAUUUCUGCAGAGGAGCUUGACAUUCUUCAAAAAUUCACAAACGGCAGAGUGGCUGUGUUAAAACAAGAACCAAAACCAAAAGAAACAAUUCGAGAAUACUUUACCAUCGAGAAGGAACAAGCUAAAAAGAAGAAGAAGGUGGUAAAGAAGAAGGACAAGAAAGCAAAGUAG